GGGGCCCCGCGCCCGCCGCUCGCCGCCGCCCGGGGGGCUCUCCCCGGGGGCACCGCCGCCGCCGCCGCCCCCUCGCACAUGAAGAUGUACGCGCAAAGGGCUCUGGUGCUGCUCUCGCUGCUGAGCUUCGCCACCGUGAGCCUCGCGCUGUCCUCCUGCACCACCUUGGACCUCGAGCACAUCAAGAAGAAGCGGGUGGAGGCCAUCCGGGGGCAGAUCCUGAGCAAGCUGCGGCUCACCAGCCCCCCGGAGAGCGUGGGGCCGGCCCACGUGCCCUACCAGAUCCUGGCGCUCUACAACAGCACCCGCGAGCUGCUGGAGGAGAUGGAGGAGGAGAAGGAGGAGAGCUGCUCUCAGGAGAACACCGAGUCCGAGUACUAUGCCAAAGAGAUCCAUAAAUUUGACAUGAUCCAGGGCCUCCCCGAGCACAAUGAGUUGGGCAUUUGCCCAAAAGGUGUCACCUCCAAUGUGUUCCGGUUUAACGUGUCCUCAGCAGAGAAGAACAGCACCAACCUGUUUCGAGCAGAGUUCCGGGUGCUACGUGUGCCCAACCCGAGCUCCAAGCGCAGCGAGCAGCGCAUUGAGCUCUUCCAGAUCCUGCGGCCGGAUGAGCACAUAGCAAAGCAGCGCUACCUCAGUGGCAGGAAUGUGCAGACGCGGGGCUCCCCUGAAUGGCUGUCCUUUGAUGUCACCGAGACCGUGCGUGAGUGGCUUCUGCACAGAGAGUCCAACCUUGGCCUGGAAAUCAGCAUACACUGCCCUUGCCAUACUUUUCAGCCCAAUGGGGACAUCUUGGAGAAUUUACAUGAGGUCUUGGAGAUCAAAUUCAAAGGCAUUGACAGUGAAGAUGACUAUGGCCGUGGGGACUUGGGGCGCCUGAAGAAGCAGAAAGACUUGCAUAAUCCCCACCUCAUCUUGAUGAUGUUACCCCCACAUCGCCUGGAGAGCCCAACACUGGGAGGCCAGAGAAAGAAGCGGGCCCUGGAUACCAACUACUGCUUCCGGAACCUGGAGGAGAACUGCUGCGUGCGUCCUCUUUACAUUGACUUCCGACAGGAUCUGGGCUGGAAAUGGGUCCACGAGCCUAAAGGCUACUUUGCAAACUUCUGUUCGGGCCCAUGUCCGUACCUCCGCAGUGCAGACACCACUCACAGCACGGUGCUGGGCUUGUACAACACGCUGAACCCUGAGGCAUCUGCUUCACCCUGCUGCGUCCCACAGGACCUGGAGCCACUGACGAUCUUGUACUAUGUCGGGAGGACACCCAAAGUGGAGCAGCUCUCCAACAUGGUGGUGAAAUCCUGCAAGUGCAGCUGAAAGGCACCCUGGGCUGGCCAAAGCCUAGAGAGAAACUGUCAGCAUCCAUUCUGCUCCAAGGCUAGCACAAAAGGAACUGGAGGUCAGAGACUAUGCAUGCAGAGGGCCGAGUGCUAAACCCUGUGGCUUUGGGUCUGGCAGUCCUUGGGAAUCUCUUCUGGAACAUUUCUCGGUCUUGUUGCCAGUGUCGCGUUCCCUCUGGGAAUUACUUUGACGACACAAAGGCCACACUCCAAAAUGACUGGACAGUUGAUGCGGAAGAGAAAGACAGAGUGAAGGAACUGCUGUGUAUUUGAAUGCUGGGAUAGUUGAACUGGGAAGGCGAGGGAUGAGAAAGAGCAGUUAAAAGGAGGGAUUGGAAAUGAAGCAGUGUUUCCCCUUCUUGCUGUAGCCCCCUUGGGACCUCUGCCCUCCCCAGUGGCCUGAAGAAUUAUGAAGGUUUUCCCUCCUGCAGGAGAAAAUCCUGGAAUUUUCUUUAGAGAAAGAAAAUGCACCGAGAAGCUGCUCAGAGAAGAGAUGCUCAGAGAUACACAUAGACUUGCGUUCCUCAGAACUGUGAUCCAGGAGGCCUGUAUCUACAGUUGUGUUUCUGCCAGACCUGUAACUUCAGUUGGCAGACUGUGGCUAUUGGUUUCCAAAAGCAAACUGCAAGGCCCCCAUUCAGCCUGCUGAGGUGGGCAAAGGCAAGCAGAGAAGGUGCUGAGCCCAUUUUAAGGAGGACUGAUGUCUCUAUUCAGCUCUUUUCCUUUUCUGGAGUUUCUGAAAGAUGGCUUCUGGGUCAGGGCAAGAGCAUUAUCUGGGGGGCACCUGGAUUUUGGAGCCAUUCACUCAUGAUCUGAUAACACCCUGAGGACCUUUUGUCUGUUGUGGUUUGUGAUCUCAACGUGGCCCAGGCCUCACCUGCCAAGACUUAAAAAAGAAAAACUAUUAAUCUCAAAAACAUUGUAAAAAAUAAAUAUUUGGGGGGGGAGAUGGUUGUUUUUUUCUUCCCCACCACCUUUCCUCCCCCUACAGGGAUGCUGUUGAAGGGUUAGAUGUUUUUUUGUUUUUAAACUGCUACUACUGUGGCAUACUUGGUCACUUUAAAAUCUUUCCCUUUUCCUGAGUAUCUCUUCAAGGAAAUGGGCAGAAUUUAGGUCAGCCAGAGAGCUCAGAAUGGAAAUUCCUUUGUACCUUCAAACAGUGUCUGCUGUGUAUGUGCCCUGUCCUCCUCUGGUCCCUCUGACAGACAUGUCACCUCUCACAUCUGAUUUUGAUAGAUUUAUAUAAAGCACCCCUCAAAUAUAAAACAUUUCCAAGAGUACUGUUUAAAUAAUCAGGGCAUUGCAGUUGUCACAGCUGACAAAAAUCAUACAUUCAUUGGAAUAUAUAAGUUCUGCCAGUACAGACUUGUACACAAAGGCCAGCCUCCUCACAUUUACCAUGAACAUUUCAUACACUUAUAAAAUGUUCACAGAUGUGGCCCUGGCAAGUAAUCAACAUACUGUUUUUUAAAAAGUGUGCUUUUUUCAGCCACAGAUACUCCAAAAAUUACAAGCCUCUAGUACUUGCUUGCAUGUCAGAUGAGACACAGGCUGCCUCUCCUUCAACCACAACUACUUAAUGUUCUAAAGACCACAGAAAUUCCUCCCUGUCCCUUCCCACUUCCUGGUCCCCAGCAGUUGAAUGUCACGACAUGGAACAACUUAAUUGCUUGUGGCCAGGGCUCUGCAUGGUCAGCUUGGAAUGCAGCUCCUGGUCCUGCACUUCAGUAGCUGCUUCCAUACACCUUGCCACAAUGCUGCCAUAACAUGUAAUCACAAACAUCUCAGCACAUCCAUUAAAAAAAACUCCUCCUCCAUCACCAGCUGGCAAGAUCAGCAAGGGUGGGUCAGCAGAGGGAGCCUGCCAGGCUGCAUGACAUUUUGGCUGGGGCACACAUGCUCUGAGAGAGGCACUCCCCAGUGCUCAGCUUUAUCCCUUUCAUCUCCCUGGGGCUCCUUGACCUGUCUUCUUGGUGUAAUGAUGAAAAUUACUGCUCUGAUCAGCCCUGCAGCACUAAUUUAUUGCUGUGCAGCUCUCCAUGCCCAUGCCUGCCAAGGAAGGGAGCAGGUAAAUGCACUGCAACUUCACUACCAUGCUGAUAGACAGUCCAGAAAUUUAGUGGCUGCCCUGGGGAGGGGAGGGAAAUCCAGAUGCCAGUUGGCACAGAAAUUCUCUCUAAUCUCCUUUUAGCAGCAGCAGCCCUUGGGGAGGUUUUGGUUUACAAGCUACAGUCUGUUCUUUGGUCAUUGUUCCUCGUGAGCCCUGUGCUGGCUCGGCUGCAUAUCCAACUGAAGAGCUUUCUCGCUAUUGAGGGGAAAAAAGCACAAGAAGGGGGAGCUGCAAAGAGCUGAGCAAGAACACGAGCUUCACAGUCAUACGUGGCACUUGGAGCGUGCCAGAACCUCCCACAGAUUAACCCUGGCAGGCCCCUCGAGGUGAGCCUGCGUUGCUAGUUUUGUUCACUGCUGCUCAGUGGCAGGGAGGGGCGGCAGAGGAAGCAGGCCGUGCUGAACUGCUUGGAAAGAAGGCAAAAUGGAAGGGAAAGCAGGACAGAGGAUUCCUGGGGUGUUCAACCAGUUAGGAUUCAGGUAACCUCAUGGUUCUUCCCGAGUCAAACACUCCCUUCAGUUACUCCUCUCCCCAGACUGGAAAGUUUCCUAUCAAGUGCAGUUUCCUAUCUGCAUUUUAGAAUUAGAUUUGUAAGACAGGCUCCACGUUCAUUUUCUUACAGUUAAAAUAGCUUUCUUAGGGUCGUUUCAGCUAUAAUUUAGCAAUAAACUAUACCACCCACAUGGGGUUAAUAAGAGAUUGAAUCCACUCCUGGGCCCAGGCUUACUAAAACAUUUCAGGACACUAGUGUGAGAAAGACCAGCAGAUAGAGAGUUCUCUAUCUGCUCUGUUACUUGGUGGCAAAUUGACAAAGACAAUGGGAAUGAAAAAGUGGGUUCUUCACUGCCAACAAUGAAUACAGCUCCCAACAGUUCCCUCUUGUUAUUCCCAGGAACAAACAGAAGCUGAUGAAAACAAUCCCACUGCACUUUCCCUCUCUUUAACAAAAAUCAAUGGUUUGAAAGAGUGAAAAAAACACUAUUCUGCACUGCCAUAGGGAAGAUCCUACCCAAACAAUCAAAUCACCAUCUGUGUAGUUCUGUUUGUUUGUGGCAUACUCCAUUACAGCACGCAAGAAGUCUAGUACCAAACUUGAACACUUUGUUUUGCAGGCUAUUGUGCAACACAGAGCUCUGCAAGGGGCACUGCUUCUGUAAGUGCAGGAACAUACACUGAUAUUUCAACAAAUCAUGCACUUUUUGCAGGCUAAAUGAAUCUUUGUUCUCUGGUCUGUGGUGCUGCAUGGUCUCUAGCUAUCUCAGAACACUUAAAAAAAGCAGUAAAACAUCUCAGUUACUGCUGUAUGAACAGGAGUAUACUUCUUGGUGUUUCACCUUUCCAGAACCAAUAGGCAUCAGUACUUAUAGUAAACAAGAUAGACCAUGUCCAAAAGCAAAGACAAAAAGACAAACAUACGUGUCCACUUCUCCAGCAACAUCAUGGCUCUGUUUUGCUCUGUCCUCUGAUGUCUCACAUCUCUUUCUGCUGUAGUUGUACAAUUUCCAUUCUCCCUGUUAACAGACCCUUUGUUUACUGUUCAGUCUGCUAUGAAGCUUUCCUUACCAACGACGAGGCUGUCCUUAACCAGAGCAAAAAUAAAGGAGGCCUCCCUGCUCACAUCACUUCGUCAGUGAAACCACUGCCUCAUGGCAGAAGAGGAUCCAUUGCCUACGAUGUCUUAUGAGGCAGAUGUCUUCAAUACGAUCCAAGGUUCAAUGCAGGACAGGUUGAGCAUCACAGUGUGAGCAGGACACAGCUCAAAGAGCCAGGUCUGUUGAAGAGGAAGGACUCCUUUUGCUCUGCUUGUGUUUCUAGUAGCAUACAAAGCAUCAAGUAUAUACUAAUGAGUUUUCUUCUCUUAAUAUGUGAUUGGAAAGCAAUAAAAUCUAUCAAGAAAAUGCAGUUUUCAGUUUUCAAAGGUAUGGUACCUACCCACUUGCAAAACUAUACUGACUUGCAAUAGCGCAGAAAAAUAGAUAGCUGUCUGGGCUGCCUAUAAGCUACAUUAAUUGUGUUUUAGAAUAACAGCAGUGAUGUGGAUAGAAUGAUAGAGUGCCUUAUAAUUAUUUAAAAUAUCUAUUAACAUUUUUUAAAAUUCAAAAUCAUUAGAAUAUAUUGGUCAAGAGCUGUAUAAAAGUAAUAACAAGUUUACUAUGGCAUUGAGCAAAAGAACAUUUGAACACUCAGGUCUCUGCUUUACAAACGUUUUCUUUCAUUUCUAGGGAAGUCAUUUAAGCCUUUUUUCAUUCUUCAUGCAGCUCCACAGGUGACAGAGAGACGCAACUAAGCCCAGUGUCUUUAGUCCUCUCUUGAAUAGAGGCUUCUGAUACCCCGUACAAAUGCAAGAUCCUUUAUCAUGCAACAAGUCAAGACAGAAGAGACAGUUUUACUUACUGGGAAUCAAAUUGUCUUAGAAACGAAUACAGAUACAUCACUGAGAAAUACAGCAAAUGAAAAUUGCCAAUUAAUGUUUGUCAAUCUCACUCCUCUCUGAAAAACAGUACUGCACUUGAAAUUCCGUAGUUGUGCUUAUGCCUGUAGUUUCAGAAAUAGCUUUACACAGUGCCUUGGAUGUCACAGUGUGUUUCCAAGAAGGACCAAUUUCAAAGAUUACAGACAUCAGUUACUCAGCUGCUUUUAGAACAUCCAUCCUUAGGACUAAGUUGCAUAGGAAAGAUGGCAGGGAUGGUCUGAAGGCAUUCAACCAUCAGCUGGUCCCCUUCUGGUACUGGACUAUGAUUUCAUGGAAAAUACACUUAGGGAUAAGGACCUUUAUAUCUAGUACAAAAUAGAAGUACUUUAAAGCUGUGGUUUGUAGCAAAAAAAUCCCACAUGUUAUUGGCUUCCCACUUCCUGCAAACUUGCUGAAUAGUUUUCAGGCAGAAGCUCUGUCCCCUGUGGUAUAUGCUGGCACUGUUGAUUUACACCAAGGAAUACCGCUCUUUCAAGCAAGCAGGAACUUCUGAAGACAGACAUUUAUUUCUCCAUUCAGGGGGUAAUGGUCUUUGUGCAGGGUGAUGCUCUUUAUAUCUCAUUCCACUUUUCUUUAUAUCUCAUUCCACUUAACUGGCUAGGCAGGAUGGUACCUCAUGCUAUCUAUAAAGACUGAUGCAAGAAAUCAUUACACAUCGGGGUUAUGCGUGUUGCAGAAAGUGAAGGUGACUUUCUUUCCAAGUUUGCCACCACUCAGACAUUUUUCACCAGCUGCAUGCAAACAUUCAUCCUUCGUACACAGAAAUUAGCAUGAGGCAUUGUAAUAAUAUACCAUGACCAGUGCACACUCAUUAUUUGAUGCACGAAGCAAGCUGAGUCAGAUCAGACCAGAGAUUUCCUGACAUUCUUCAGGAAGGAUUUAUUCUUCCUUUUGAGGUUAUUAUCCCCAUUACGAAGCACAACAAAGCAAAGAUUUGCUGUACAGCCAUGGGAGAAACUUAGAAGAUCUCUGCAAUGCAUGCAGUGUAAUGACUGGGGAAUGUCUUGGUGACCAUGUUCUGGGCUUUUCUUUAACCAAAAAUGUAUGGUCUUUUGAAGUGCUGAAACUCUGUGGCCUACAUGCUUAGGAGAUCUCCACUGCUUUGAAGUAUUUGUAAGAAACUUCACUUUUUGGAGAAAGCAGUAGCAGAUAGUCUGACUUGCAACAAGAGCCUUUGGAAGAUGUCCAGCUUGCAACAAGCUGCUUUGAGUGACACCAUUUGAAUCUUCUCCAUCAAAAGAUGCUUUCUACAGAUAUCUCUAACUAUACUUCAGGAUCUGAAGAUCUCAUUUGGAUACCACUAUGCCAAGCAUUCUAUUGUGCUAAUCUGAAGAACAGUAAACAAACAGAACAGCGAGAAACAAAAUAAAGGAGAUGUCAAUAAAACCUCAGGAAAGCAUAGCUUUGCAACAGCUACAACGUGCUGCCUAUAUUCCUUACGUUGUCCUUUUUUUUUUAAUCAACAUCACUUGCAUUUGCCCAAGUCAUUCACAAGACCUAAGAACACUUGCAGAGCCACAGCUUGGCAGGAAGAGUCACCAAUCUUUAUUUUUAGCUAUUUUUCAAGAAGAACUUUCAGCAGACAUAUGGAGACAUGAGUGAACAAGAAAAAAACAUCUGUGAACAAGAAAAAAAAUUCCCAGCUGAUAUCACAGACAAAAUGUAUUCCACAUUGAAUUUCUAGAAUUAGAAAUGGUGGAAAUAACAUCAUUUCCAGAGGGAAAACAUCCCUGAUUUAAACGGGGAAAGAAUCAUGCAACUGCAAGUGUAAGAACUGUAAUUAGUGACACUAAUGAGAUGGCUACAGUCUCAUUUGCCCUCCCAGUAGAUGUACAGUUGUCCAAGUGCAUACCAUGAAGAAUGACACCGACAUCACAGAUGUACCAGACAUAUCUGAUACAGCACGCAAUUUUCAGAAGGUCACAUAAAUAAGGCAAAAACUCUUAAAAAAUACGAAGAGAACCUUUAGUACUAAUGAAUAGAAGUAGUGGGGACAAAUCCCUUCUAAUUUUUCUUCUUCAAUAGAACAAAAAGGUAAUUUUUCUCUACAGUGGAAUGACAAAGCAGUGACAGCUAAACAUUUGGACUUGGCAGUAAAGGAACUUUUCAAAGAUUGUCUCAUGAAUUUUAACACGGUAGUGCUCACAACACAUAGGCAAAAGCCACAUACAAUGCUGAAAUUCCUUUUAGAGAUGACACCACCUGCAGCUGUCCCAAACAGACGACGAAAAUAGAUUGUGAACUUCCCUGAAAUUCUUAAUAAUUGCAUCAGAUUUGUUCCUUAAGACUUUUUUUUUUAAACUAAGAGGUCAGAUAAGAAGCAAUCCCUUUGUAAAGAAUGUAAAAUUUCUCAAGUUCAUUGUGUGCACUGUAGGCACGGACUUUUAGAGAAGAGGCCCUGUUAAGUAUACUAUUUUCCCUAGGGAAUGAUUAUGAUUCACUGAAUACCACUGGUAAAGACUUCACACCAGGGUGUCCACAGUCAUCAGUGAUUCUUUCCUUUAAAUUGGAAACAGAAGUGAAAACUCAUUUUCAAUGAAGGCCAAUAAAAUCCUUUUUUGGUAAGGUAACAGACAGAGCAGACUCCUCAUGGUGCCUCAUUUGUCACCUUUUGUUCAGGGGAGUUUGUCCUUCGUGGUGAAACUGCACAGAAUCCAGUAAGUUUGGAGACGACCUGCUUCUGUUUCUUAACUACUCAUCUCUAAAGCAGCACAGAAACUUGAUCCCAUUUUCUGGAAAGGGCAGUUGGGUUCUAAAGUCAGAAGAAAAGCUACCAAGUACUGUAAUUGUUUAAGGUGUGCUGUGGUUGUGCACAUUCACCCUGAAGGUUCUCUGCACUUAGGCAUUUUAGAAGACAAAGAUGGCAAGAAGCAAAUGUGUGCAUGUACAAGAUAAUGUAAGAGCUUCUGUUAGUGAUAAGUAACUUUCUUUUUCAUAUUUAAGUGAAUAACCAUUCACACAUCACAUUAUGGAUGACUUCCAAACUACAAGCCACUUUGCUCUAAAAUCACAAGUGAUUGGUUGGUCUAGAGGUGGAUCUUACGCACUUGUAAAAGCUUCAAUGUUUUGAAAGCCUCUGCAGCAUAUACAGAGCUUGUCCAGGUGGAGGUGCGGACAAUCUUGGUAAAUGUCAGCAAUUAAGACUUUCCUUAGAGAACCCAACACCACCAACACCAGUGAAUUCGGGUGGAACAUGCCACUGUCAUGAAAGGCAGCUUUACUUUGGCUGCUCCAGCAGGCUGCACUGCAACUGACCAAAUGAAACACUCAUACAAAGCCAGACUACAAGACUGCCUAUGGCCUACCUCUUCUUUGUGACAAGUAGUCAGCAGCUUAUACCUGACAGACAAGCUAAGAAUUGGAAAAACCCAUCAUGAGACUUCCCCUAAACAAUCACCUGAAAAGGCUUAGAAACUUUCUGCUUGUUUUUUGGUUAUAUUUAAUAUACCUUAAUAGAUUUAUUUUCCAUGAAUUUGUGUACUUGCCUUUUCAAACCACAAGCAUGCUUUUGUCUCCAACUACCUUGUGACAAGAAGUUCCACAGGUAAAUUAAAUACUGUGAAAGAAAGCAGCUUUUAUCUUCCCCUCUGCUUUGAAUGUGUUAUCUGCUAGUUCCAUUUGAUUCAAAACUGGAACAAUGAUUUCCUUUUCACCUUCUCCCUUACAUUUCUCCUUACUCAUCUUCUUUCCAGUUUAAGAUUUUCUGCAUUAAUAAAACUAUGAACACUAAGUUUUGUGUUCUUGUUAUAACCAAUCUCCAGGACUGUCUGGCAGACCCCAUUCUGUAGAAAUUAGAUCCUUUUGAUGUUUAGCAUAAGCAAGAAUUGUUUUAGCUCUAGAAACAUGAGGUUCUAGAACGAAGAAAAAUAGGUCAAGUCCCACGUUUAUAUAAAGCUCAGAAAUUUCUUUUUGGAAAAACACAUGCCAGAUUCACACAGGAAUAGCGUGUGCCCAAAGGAAACUGUAUGAACAGGAUCAAUCAGCCAGAUACUGCAAAAAAAAAAAAAUUUUUUUUU